GAAGCGGCGGAGCGGCGAGUGGGGGUUUGCAAUAGGUGCCGCGGCAGCUGCAACGUUAGCAAAAUCGCGUCUGUCCAAUUAACACAUUGCCACUUAAUUAAGUGCAACAUUCGCUGCUUUGGCGCGCUGAAUCAGACAUUUCAAAAAGUUUAGAGAAAAAUUACACCUGGCAAUGCCGUUCCGAGCCAGGCUUGUCCAGCACGUGUGUGAGCAGUGCAGCUACACAGCCUGCCGAUCGCAAGUGACAGCAGCUGCCCCGCUUGCUCUCACGCUCUUUCCCAUCAAUAGGCGAUGUAAACAAAGGUGUUGGAGGGUAACAGCAACAGUUGUGCGGCCUGCGUCGACGUCGGCAGAGCGAUUAGUCAACUGGAAACGCGGUUGCCGAGAGCAACAAAAACACUGGCUGGCACUCAAUAACAGAACAGCAGUGGAACACGAAUAGGAAGAAGAAGCAGAGGCGCUUGGAAAAUGAUGAGCGGGGGAAAAGAAUAAAAGUUUUCAAUUUGCCUAAAUUGGCUGCCCGUGAAACAGUGUUUAAUUAGCCCCCGAAAAAAUAAGCGAACAACCAGGCGGAUAUCAGCCAUCCGGCGUGCAGGAGCUGCUCAUUCGAGAUUUGCAAGCCAUGGCUGGCGGUUCACGAAACGGACACCGCCCCAACCCGAAUUGGCUUUCCAGCUGCCUCGUGGCCAUGUGCUUGGCCCUGCCAGGAGGAGCACCUGCCCCCCAGGAAACGCCCGGGUACUACUAUGUCGGUUGCUAUACGGCGCGAACGGAUUUGCUCCAUGAAUCUGUGUACGCCAAAACGCCACAGACCUGCAUUGAAAUCUGCGAACACCAGGGACACUACUAUGCUGUCCUGGCCUCCGAGAAGUGUUUCUGUGCCAACGUCUUCGAAUCACAGGAACAGCAGGACGAGCAGCUGUGCAACACCCGCUGCCUGGCCAACAAGGCGCAGUACUGCGGAGGAAUCGGUGUCCAUUCGUAUUACUCAACCACCUUGACCAAACAGUCGGCUCCUCAUCACCUAAGGGUGUCGAACAAAACGGAGAACAGUCUGACCCUCAACUGGGAUGCCUACGAUGCCAGGAAACUGCUCCUGGCCGGCGGCGCAGAGGCAGUGCUACCCAAACAACCCCUAGACCACUUUCGGAUUCAAGCGCAGGUUCUAAAGACCUAUUCCUCGCUGCCCGCCUUUCCACAGCCCGAGUUUUUGGUGCAAAAGACGGAAACAACAUUUGAACUUACGGAUCUGCAUCCCUCCACUCUAUACAACAUCUCCGUGAGGGCUAUCUGCCAGGAUCCACAGGCAACGCAAGCUGAAUGUGGUCAGGCCUCGUUGGAGGCCAAAACACAGGUGGGUCAGCCCAGCCCCGCUCCACCGCCGCCCAAAAUCCUUAGCCGCACUGAUCGCACCAUCACCGUUGAGCUUUCGCCCAUCCGGAAUGAUAAUGGACCGUUGAGCAAACUGCUCGUCAUAGUGGAAUAUGUGGACAACGCCCUAAGUCAGCCAUUCGAUUCACAGCUCCUGGGCAGCUGGCAGCAGGCUCAGCAGGACGGAGUGCCCUAUUACAUAGCCGCCGAGUUGGACUACGACCGACCGGAGGACAACCGAACCCGGCACUUUGUUGUGGGCGAUGGCAAGCGAUACGGACGAUUCAGCAAUAAGCCCUUGGAUCAGCCAAACGCACAUGUUCACAUUAGUCUCGGAGUGGUGAGCACCCUGGAGGGCGUGACCAAGACGCUGUACAGCCGUGGAACGCACGAUCAGCACGUGACUUCUCUGGACGACUUCAGCUACGCCACCUUCGAUAAGGGUCAAUCUUCGGUGGUGGCCCUGGCCGUCACCUGUGUGAUUUUCGGCACCUGCCUCCUGCUCAGUCUGAUUGCCUACUUCUAUCUGCGCUAUAAGACUUGCCGCGGACGACGCUUAACUGGUGGCAAUACCCACGAGAUGACGCUGCAGACGCCAAUAAUCGAGCGGGAGAACAAUGGCUACCUUGCUGAGGAAGAUCCACUGCCUCACUCGCCGGAGACCUUUAAGCAGCAGCUGCAACAGUUAGUAGAGGGAUUCGAGCGGAUACCAAGGAAUGCCCUGCGGCUGAAUGUGAACGAUGUGAUCGGAGACGGACGCUUUGGCGAGAUCAUAACAGGAAAGGUUUCGACCAACGAUUUCGCAAAAGAGUGUACUCUUCACGUGCUCUGCCUGGACGACCUGAACGGAACUACCCAGGCACAGUUGCUGCGCGAGCUGCGCCAGUUGACCCACUUGAAGCACCAAGAGCAUUUACUGGAUUUCUAUGGAGUGUCAGCCAGUCCGGACUGGUUUUACUUAAUCUUUGAGCAGCAACGCGUCAGUCUUAAGAGGCGAUUAGUGGAGAGUCGCCUGAUGGCGCCUUCACAACGCCUUACAACCCUCUCCGAACAACUGGUGCUGCAGUGGAUUUACGAGCUAGCCAGUGCCAUGACCUAUCUAUCCAGCUGUCAAGUUGUGCAUCGCCAGCUCUGCUCGCACAGCGUCUUCGUGACCGGCGAGUCCAAGCUGAAACUGAGCGUCUUUGGACCGCUGCAGUACAUGAACACCAGUCGCCAGCAGCCGGACCACAGCAGAUGGCUGGCUCCAGAGGUCCUUCGCCAUCAGCAUCACCACUCCACUCGCUCCGAUGUGUGGUCACUGGCCUGCGUGGCCUGGGAAUGUUGUGCCCUGGGCGGAACUCCCUAUGCCAAUGCAGUGGGCACCAACCAACAGCUCCUUGAGGCCAUCCGGGCUGCAGUGCGUCCGGCACAGCCGGCCUAUGUCUUUGGGGAUUUGUACCAACUGCUGCUCAACUGCUGGCAGCUGGAGCCGAGCGAGCGGAGCAGCUGCGAGGACGUGGCCUUCGGAGUGCGUCAGCUGAUGACCUCACCGCGGCAUGCCCUCAGCUUCGAUCGAGUGGUGGGCGGCCUGGACACCCUGCCCCCGUACCUGCCGCAGCUGGAAACGAUUGUGCUGAUGGGCUGAGGUGCAGGCGGAUAGAAUAAUUAGCUUUAGUCAGUGAGAGCCAACAUUCGCAUUCAGUAGAUUUCGGUUAUGAGUCACCCGAGAAGAGAACACUUCUCUAUAUUUUGAUUUUAGAUGUGUUCACUUGCAAUUGAUUAGUUAAUGAUAUUCUGGCUGAGAGGAAAUCAAUUGUUUUAGCACUUACGGACACAAUGAUUUAAUAAAAUCGUUUGUUUUUUUCUGACCAAAAGAAUUAGUUGUUUUUUGUAUUUUUAAGUUGAGCAACCUUAGGUGAAUGUUCAGCAUUUCUUGAAUUCAAAUUUAAUUUAUCAAAUUAAAAUUAAGCUUAGUUUUCUUGCUUAAAAUCUCGAAAAGCAUAUGUAUAUCCUUUAAAAGGCAUUAUAAUCUAGAAGUACACAUCAAUUACUUUACUACAAGUGAUUUAUUAAUUGCAGCUUUUGUGAGUUGAUAAGGCUUUGUGUAUGAAGGACCAUUAUUUUUUGUUCUGUCUCCGCCAACCGACAUCUACUGCAUUUAUAUUACUCCUUAAAAAACUUAACCGAUUCGCACGAACUACCUGUGUUAAUAUUUACAUACUGCAGCCAAAUAAAACCGUGUUCUAUGUCAC